AUGAGGAUCAACCGGAAGCUUGAUGUGGCACAACAAGCAUUCCUUGCAAACUGUGUUAAAGCUAAUGUUAGCGGUUCUAAAAGUUUUCGGUUAUGCAAGGAAGCAGCGGGGUCAUUUGCUGAUGUUGGUGCAACAGAAAUGGAGUUUCACAAUUUCAAGCGGGACCUACAACAGUAUGUUGAUGCCAAGGACGGCGAGAUGAUUAUUGCAAAGUUCAAACAAAAGCGUGAGGUUUGUGAGGAAUUUUACUUUGACUACCAUCUUGAUGAUGAAGCCCAUCUUGCUCGUAUUUUUUGGGCUGACCACACAUGCCGUCUUAGUUUCACGAGCUUUGUUGAUGUGAUUUCUUUCGAUGCACCCUACAGCACGAACAGGUACAAUUUGGUGUUCGUACCUUUUACUGGGGUUGACAGCCACAAACGGUGUAUUACAUUUGACGCAGCAAUGAUAACUAGAAAGGACACAGAAUCAUAUGUGUGGGUUCUAGAUAGGUUUAAAGAUGCAAUGGGAAAGAGCCUCAUGUACGUUGUUACAGAUCAGGACCCGGCCAUGAAGGCUGCUAUUGCACGGGUAUUGCCGGAAACCCGCCACCGCUACUGUAUGUGGCACAUCAUGACCAAGGUCAGUGAGAAACUGGGCAGUACAUUAGCUCAAAACGAGACAUUCCGUAAUAAACUUAACGAUAUUGUGUGGGGUGAGGCCAUUACCAUUGGUGAGUUUGAGGCACAAUGGCACUCGUUAAUGGAAGAGCACAACUUAACAAGGCACCGAUGGUUUUGCAAACUAUACACGGAGUGGGAGUUUUGGAUUCCUGCCUAUUUCUUAGACUUACCCAUGGGUGGGCUGUUACGCACCACAUCCCGGUCUGAAGCAACGAAUAGCGUGUACGGGAAAAGCACCCGUACGUACUGUAGUCUAGUUGAGUUCUACAUGCAAUACAAAAGCAUCUUGGAAACACAACGUCAUACCCAGAACAAAUUGAAUUCUGGGAGUGAAGGGUCCUUACCCGAGUUCAAAACCCCCCUCGCAAUCGAGCGACACAUGGCGCAGGUAUUCACCCUGAGAAUUUUUUAUGAGUUGCAAAAAGAGAUUGAAUCUGCAUGUUUUUAUUCUGGGGUGGUAGGAAUCCGUAAAGAUAAUGGGCUGGUCCAUUAUAACAUUAAAGGGAGUUACAGUGUUACCCAUACUCUUGAAUUUAACCUGACUGUGGUUAGUUCGCCGUGCAGCUGCAAGUUGUUUGAAAGAUUGGGGUUGGUUUGUGAGCACAUGUUUUCGGUGUUUCGGGCUGCACAGGUAAAGAGCUUGCCAUCUGAUUGCAUCGCUCCUCGUUGGUGUAAGCACAUAAGACUAAGUUGCUACUGUGUUAAACGUUCCGACUGCCUUUCCGUGGAUCACGCCCCAAAUAGACUGUGGACUGAGAUACAUAGCUGCCUCGCAAUUGCAGGGAGUAAUACAACACGCCAAAGACUGAUGUCGCAGGUACUACAAGAUUUGACGAGUGAAUUCUUGUGUGAUGGUAUGGGUGAUGAACAUGCAAAGGGUAAUCGUGGUGCCAUAGCGGCUUUGUGCAGUGUGGAAUCCCCGGCAUCUAUAACUAUCAAACCCCGCGCACAAGCAAAGAACAAGGGGACCGCGAAGCGAAUUAAAAGUCAGCGUGAGUUAGCCACAGAGAGAAGUGCUAAGGAGGGGCGAAAAUGUGGGAUGUGCGGUGAGUACGCUCAUCACAAUGCCCGCAGUUGCCCACUAAAGUGA